GUUUAUUUUUUAUCUUUUUUUUCAAUAAAAUUUGUUCGACGGCAGUAUUUCCAUUUUUUUUCCAUUAUUUAUACAAGCAUUUUUACGUUUAAAGCGAUAUAAAUUUGCAAUAAUUUUGCGACAUUCGUAUCCCGUUUUAUACAGAAGGAGAUUAUGAAACGUCUAGCGAAGGCAUGGUUCUUUCAAAACGAAGCGGCACGGGAAUUCACGGAGCGCGAGCGAAAGAAUCGCUUUACCUCAAGGAGAAAAGUGCUUCCUUAAGCAAACGCGCCGCGUUCAAUGGGAACUUAUCUGCGAUAAAGAGCGAAGUUAUUUCCGAUCCGCCGCACGAACUCGUGGAAAACAGGUUAACCCAGAAAACCACGUACAUUCGUGAUGGUCUUAUUCCGAUGUCUGAGAAUUUGGCACAGUCGAAAUCCCUGCCAAUCCUGAAGAGCGAAAUCCCGAGCGGCGUUUCCACGGAUUUUACAGCUGUCGAUGUCGCGCUAACGUCCACGUCGUCAUCAUCCGCGCAUAAAAGGAAAAUGUCUAUGAUUAUCAAGGAGAUGGCGCCGCUUAUCUCUCCUUAUCCUUCGACGAUCUCGUUAACGACCAGCGCGACGACCAAUUUUCGAGGUCGACAUCGCGAGACGAAACGACUCGCGUCGAGAACGAUGCUGCUGAUUCCUUGCGUAUGUUUUUAGGUGUUUACUGUCAAUGAAUCGAGUAGCUUUACCUACGUUACAAUGAAAUUUUUUUUAAAAAGUGCACAUAGUUAAAUGAAGAUUUAUUUAGCCAUUUGUGUAAUCUUCCGUUAUCAUCAUUUGAUUUUUUUCAUUAAAAAUUUCAUUAUUUGCGUAACGUCUAGAUUAACUUUAUUAGGCUAAAUAUGAUAUGAAGGGGGUGAAAGGAAUAAAUCGAUCGUCCUUCCCACGAUCACGAUAGACUUAUUCUCCGUAGGAUACAACGGUGAUUAAUGACAGAAGGUCGGAAGAGCGCGUGACGGAAGUGACACUUUACGAAACGAAAAAUAAUCGUCGGGUAAUGAAUUGGGAUCCACGACGAGACGCAAUUCCGACAUUCGUUAAUGACGAGGGUGCUGCCAAUGUGACAAACGACGAUAACGACGACGACCUUCUUGAUGUCGCUAAGAAUCCACACUCCUCCAUCAAGUCAGUCUUCUUCCCGCCGAAUUUUUCGGAUUCUGUCGCCUUACCGUACGACUCCGGCAAAUCGAAGAGACACCAACGAAGAGUGUCCACCGACGUGGAGACGUUGCUGAAAAUAGAUAACGAAUUGAGUCCGCUUCGAUUCCAAUAUAGCGAGAUCAUCGGGAAGGCUCGGGCAUUGGGUCUCGACGGUUCGGGCUUCGACCUUGACAUCUCCCGUCGUCUGAAUCGGCCAGACACGUUCGGCCAGUCCGUACUUUCGCCGAGCGCAUCUAAUUAUUUUUCUGACCGCAACCUGACGUACCUGCGACGAGCCGCGAUCAGUUCAGGUAUCGAGAAUCGAUCCGCUCUCGUCGAUAAGACCUCACCGUCUUCGACUUUCUCUGUGGUCGGUAAACCAACUCCGAGAGGCUCUCGUACCAGCUGGUUAAACGAGAAUGGUUCGAGUUGUCGGCAGGAGGCGUUAAGUUUCGCCAUUCGCGAUCCCUCUCGCACACUUGAGAACUUCGAUGGUCCUCGGUCUUUCAGUCGGGUCAGAAAUAGCGUAUCUUACUUUCCGACGACCAAUAGCCAUACGUCUCGUGGAGAAAAUGUUCUAAAUGACCGCUCUCGUAACGGAUGCGUUUCCAAUAGCAAUUUUCAAUCCUAUCGCAAGUCCAAGACCGUAAUGGAGAGAGCUACGUCUGCAUUCGUCGACCGGUUCGCUCACGAAACGAUCAAUGCGGAUCCUUUAAAAUUUUUUAACAAAACAGAAUAUAAUUCGCAUCUAUAUCUCAAUAAGACUACGGAAGAUUCGCGAAUAUCUAUCGACAAUUCUUUUGGGAUUCAAAGACUGAAAUCCUCGGUAUCCACACACAUUGUGAUCGAUAACAAUUGGCCCGCUAUGGAUAAAGGAACAGCGAACAAACGGCCAAACGAACAUUUCGAGAUUCCCUCCGGCAACCAAAAUUCGACGGAAUUUGCUAGUCGCAGUGGUGACCACAAAAGCACCUCGCCCGAAAUCGAACGUGUCGUCAAAGAUGAUCGAAUCUUCUCGCCACUUGAUUUAAAAUCGAUUGAUCCCGAUGUAAUAAAUUCUAAUCAUGGAAUACUACGGACAGGUUCUGCGUCAACUUGCGUCCCUCAGAUUCGUGUCGUCAGCGUGAAUACAGAAUUUCGCACCACCGUUGAAAAGCGUUACACCAACAGAGCCAUUAGUCCUAUUCGGCAUCCACGUUCGACGACCGUUUCGCCGACGCUGACGUCUUUGAGUAACGUCUUACUCGCCACUAAGGUGUCCAGCAUUUUGGUGCAACAAGUGCGCGCUGAUUCCUCGAGAAAAAUGGCGAAGAUCGAGCCUCCUACGAAAAUGUGCUCAAUCGACGCCAGAUGUGUUCGUAAGCGAAAUGUGUUUGUAGAUGCAACGAGCAAGCGCGAUUUUUGUGCUCAGAAAGUUGACUCUCGACUGGCUGCAGAAAAUCCGUCGAGACUUACCGAAUUUAAGAACGAUGAGGCAAAUUUAACGACAAAAUUCAGAAAAGCGCAAUGUGUUUGUUUACCGAGGACAAAAGAGACGAUCACAAUUGUUCCUAUCGUUCUCACCGACGGAACAUCGGGAUCGCCUAGAACUGCAAACGUGGAUGUCGCGGUUCCAAGACGCGCGGUUAAAACGGUCCCAAAAGUGAGCUAUCAGCCUGCACGGUUCGACGCGAGAAAAUUUCGUGGGACGUCAUCCUUAUCGAUUAGAGAUAACGAAGGAUAUCGAAGAGCUAUCACAAAUUCCUUGUGUUUGGGAACCGAAACCGAACAGCUUAUGGACGAAAGGGGCUGGAGAGCUGACAGGACUUCCGUUUCUCGUGGCAAUCGCCAUCUGUGCGCAGAAGAAGAUUAUUCUCCUUCGACGACGACAAAUGUCGCGGAAAAUCCGAAGCGACCGAUUCGAGUUACGACCUCGAAGGCGAGGGGCGUCAGAAAGACGCGAGAAGACCGCGAAUCCGGCAGACCAGAAGUCGCGAGAACACUACCCGGUAUGAGGAGCACGCCGGAAGAUUUCCUUUGUGAAACGUGACUUCGUGAUCCGCGAGGCGCACGAGUGCGCUCAAACGUGCGUUUCGAGAAAGCGGCACUUUAGCGAAAAUGCGAUAAGCUCAUCUUCAGAAUUUCCCGAAGCCGAAGCUCCUCAAGCGAAGCAAGUUCUCGGCGGAGUUAAGUACUUUCGAGAGAAACGGCAGAAAGUUUAAAUUUGACUCGGGCAACGAACUGCUCAUAGGACAGAAUUUCCGCGAUAUGAUUUAUAUAUAUAUGUGCACGUGUGCGUCUACGUAUAUGUGUGUGCGAUCGCCGUAUGAAAGUUCACGAGAUACGUGCAAGUUGAACACAUCGUAGCAUCAGGAAGGAAGCGGUCUGGGAUGGAAAAUUCUGCAAGGAUACAUAUUUAUUUUUCUGAAUUUUAUGAAGUUGCAGACUGAAAUCCGUCGCAUGUGGCGAAAUAGGAUGAUCGUUCGAAAUACAUAAAACGGGAAACGGGCACCGAAAUCAUCGUUGUCGAAAAAAGGUCUCAUAUAAGUUUGCUUAAAUAUAAGAGAAUCGAUUCGGCCAAGGUUCCCUGUUCCCUUAGGGACAGAUAAGAGGAGUUACCGAGAAGAAGAUCGACGCGGUUGAGGCAAAAUCCGUCGCAGAAAUUUUCGCUGGUAGCCUAGACGCUUUCUGCAUGCGUAUCGAGCCGUCUCUUCAUCCUUCGCGUGCUCGACUUCAAGUGCAAGACGCACUGUACAUACUGCAGUCACAAAUCCAAGCAACGAAUGAUUAGCAAAUAUAUGUUAGCGGUAAACUUACAGCGGUAAACUUACAGCAUUUUAAUAUUUGCAAUAUAUCGUUACUAUAUUUAAAACCAUCGUAUUUUUCGAAAAGGUUUUUAUUGAAGCACAAAUGUUUGAUACAAAUUUUUUUGCGAAAUAUAGAAGCAGGAAAAACAACGAUAUAGUUAAAGUUUCUUCGAAGAUGUUUUCUUAUCGGACGAUAUUUGACUGAUAUUCUCGGUUACUCAAGUGCAAGCCGCGAGAUGAUUGUGGCACAACAUUGCCGUACUAAUCGUACGUAAAUACGUUUCAGCCUCAAGUCUUUAUGCGCGGUUUGGCGCUAAAACGGAUCUGGUUAUCUCCGCGGUGUCAGUGACGCGCGACUAAGUGUGUGAUAAGUGACAGAACGUCACGAACGAAAUUGCUGCGACGUGCAUUUUGUGCUUUGGGAACUGGUUUUUUGUGCCUGUGAGAUACGUUUCAAACACAUCUUAUCGCGUGAUAUAAAACUGUUAUUACUGAUUUAAUACUACCUUUCAUAUGAUUCGUUACGUUUGUCAAUUUUAAGAAGAGAAUCGGUUAAUUAUUAAUUUAAAAAAUCGUUAAUGAACAAUCUUUUUGCUCUUUCAAAAGAAAAUAAUAAAAAGACUUUCGAUAUUCAAAAUAAAAUUUAAAAUUAAAAUUUGACACGUAAGAAUAUCGAUGCAAUGUGCACAAUUGUUUAUAUAUAUAUAUAUUUAUAAAAUACUUAAAUUAAAUAAUGAAAUUUAGCCUCACUCUUGAAAAAAUAAAGUCACAAUUGGGUGUCAAUCUAAAAAAGAAGAACAUCUUUAUUAUUGUGCGACAUACCUGCACACUUCUGGCUUGUUUGAAUAUUCUAAUUAAUCUAAUUAAUAGAAAGUUUCACCCGGCUUUUACAAGAUUAAUUUCUAGACAUACAUAUUUGAGAAAUGAGAAUAUUUUCAGGAAAACGUUGUGUCCGCCGGUAAUUAACGAAAAUGUAUAAUCUGCAAAGCUACUCGUGCAAAUUAGGUUGCAAAUGCUGGAAUACUUCCUUCUACCUCCCGCUGCUCCUUCACCUCGAUCCCUCCUACGUUCUUUUUUUAUUCAUUUCCGCACUCAGUCCAGCUUUCUAUUUAUCUCGCUCAGCGUGAAGCCACGAUCGCGUUUCAUAUUUUCUUCCUUGGCACCGACGAAAUUUCUUUUUGUAUUAUUCGAGCGUUUCACCGACGAACGAUACACGUUUGCUGUUUACCUCACGUUUUACAUGAUAAAAGAUAUUCGCCCCGAGAGUCUUGACAUUUUUUUUUAUCGAAUUGCACCGCGGAGGUUAUCAAUAAUUGUAUUUUUGAUCUGUUUUUUUUUUAUUUUUUUAUCGCAGUGUCCGUCGCUGUAAAUUUUUAAAACGUUUCCACGUUUUUCGAAACGUUAUUCUGCGUUUCCUUAUUAUCAUCAUUAUUUUAUGAACUCAUUACAUUAACAACAAUCGGAUAAUAUUAUUAAUUUGCUACAAUAAAUCUCACAAAUAAUGCAUCGUCAUUAUGUUAUCCUCGGUAUUGUCGAUUUCGCGUCCUAUAAACGCUGAACUCAAUUUACUAAUGUUACUAUCAAUCGUUGUUCCCAUCAUUUCGUAUCGUUCCCUUAUUUUUACUAACUACUUUUACUACGAUACGCAGUAAAAUAACUGUCGGUGUGUCAUGUUAUUACUCGAGGAUAGUCUCUUACUGUCUCUGCAACACAAUUUAUAGUGUUUUAUCGCUUGUACUGUCACUUAAAAUCACAAGACAAGUGUUAUUUUGACGGAUCAUUGAAACCUAGAUGCUGCAACGUUUAGCUGGCGCGAUAUCUAGCUCGGCGCACGCACGUUUUUACGAUAAUUUACGACAAUAAACGUGUCGUUGGCGGUCUUCCAAAUAGCCUGCCCUCGAACGCGUAGUUCAAUGGGAUGCCAAGAGGUCACUGCCGACGUUUUCAACCAUCUGCUACCUUUUGCAUUAAACCAACUGCGUAUUCAAUACGUUUCGCGGUCGGUUUGGUUAACAUCGAUCAAAUAAAAGCCCAAUUGAUUUUUCCUCUUUUUUUCAGAACUACGAUUAGAGGUGAACUUUUCUUUAUAAAUUAUUUUUCAUAAACAAUGAAAAAUAAUUUAUAAUUUUCUGCUUCAUAGAAAUAAUAUUUCUGAAUCAUAUUUAUUCUCUUAUGAUUUUUUUAAAAAUAUUUAAUUAAUGCUAAUCUUGCUGUCGUACUUUAUACUUUUACAUCCUCUCAUUUUUAUCAUGUAGUAAAAUAUUACGAUUUUCUCAUGUUGGAAUUCACGCCUGCAAACGUCGUAGGGUAUCCAACACCGAUAUUUAUGUCAAAAUAUUCACAUGCUUUACUAACCAAAAUGUCGUCAAAGAUAUAUGAAAUUUUCUGCGGAAAUGUCCAUUUUCUCACGCACGACCUGAUAAAGUUUCUGAUAAAGUCUCACCUCGGCAUCAUCAAAUGCAACUUGUGAUGUUGCCAGAUGUACAUUAAAUUUUUUAAAAUUUUGAAAGCGAUGUGUUGAAUAAUUUUAACGCUUUUAAAAUAAUCCUAAACUCAUACAAAUUACGCGAACGUAUUAAAAAAGAUUCCUAAGUUGUUCUUUAUUAACUUUACUAAAAUCAACAUUAUUAUCUUUAGUAGGUUAUAUAAUUAACAUAUUUCUAACAAGAAAGUAAAGGUUUUACUAUAUCUCCAUUGAAACUAGCAAAAGAAUAAAUUAAGGGGAAAAAGAAACGAUUACUGAAAAUUUCUUUCGUAAUGGAUCAAUAAUUUGUUCGUUAGUGCAAUAAAGUUGUGAAGUUUCGACAGGAACUGAAAUGAUUUUGAGAUUAUACGGAACGUAAGGCUGAUUUUUUACCUUACGCAAACUAACGAAGUUCCCUGUGAAUCUGUCGACGAAACUUUCCCAUCGACGCGAUUUGAUCGUAAAAGUCCUGUGAUUUCUCAUUUAUCUUCCAGAUAUUCAUAAGGAUAUGAAUGAAAAAGUUUUAGUCUCUUGCGUAAGAAAGUUUAGAAAAGAGAGCACAAGAUUCAGCAUUUAUUUUCGAUAUUGUGAUAAAUAACAUUUUCCGAAGUUCUAUUUACCAUGAUAAAUUGUGAAAUACGAUAAUUGAUCGAAUAUCUGGAAGGCGAAAAUAUUAUAGAGACUUAAUCAAUUUUUAUAAAAUAAUUUUGCAAACAAUAUUUAAUUUUUAGCGUGAUUUUUAUAAUCGUUCCAAAAGAGAUAUCCGGCACGUUGAAAACACGUUUGAUUCUGUUUUGCGAUUGUCAUGAAAAUAAAUGUGCAUUCCCGAGAUUUUUUGACGGCUUUAAAGCGCGACAUGUCGAUAUUGUAAUAUCCUUGGGUCUCUGAACAAGGAUCUAGACAUGCUGCUGACGUAAAUGGUGAAAUGCGAGUGACGUUGGGUUCAAUAAGAGUAACGUUGAUAUUUUACCGGUGUGUCGUAUACGUCUUCCAGCAACUUUCGGCUAACGUCGUAGGUUGUAUUGCGUGCACACAGGAUUCAGGAAGAGACAUUGCGCUCGAGUGCGUACCGCUGCAGUUGGCAGCAACUGUUUAAAGUUUGGCCGAUUUUCGUCCCUAAUUUUAUUUCAGGGUUAAAUAUCUCCUUGAAAUAGGCGCGAGAGUAAUGCGGACGCGUACGUAAAGUUCGUCGAGUUGGUUGUCAGUGCGCCUCGGAGAUCGUAUAUUCGGUAUUUACGGAACUCCAAAGCGACAGAACUAGCGCGUCGCCAGGAAAAGCGGAUUAUUUCAAAUCGUUCAGAAUACUCUCGUCGCGUGCGUCAAUUUUAGUCUCUCUCGCAAGCGUCUUUACUGACGAUCCCAAAAUAUCUCCUCGCGACCGUAGUUAAAUAACCCGUGCUUAGUUUUACAUGCACCAAAUGCGCUGCUCAUGUUCACGUUGACGGGUAUUAAUCGUCCCACGCACACAUGCACAGAGACAUUUCGACCUCUUUUCAGUCUCUUUAAUCCGCGACUGAUCGAACACUGAGGAUAAUUUGACCCGCACCGUUGCAUCGGGUAAUAAACGCGCAGUGUUAAGGCUUUCGUUUAAAUUCGAUGUUCGGAAACCGUUUAAUUACAGACAGAUCCUUUGGCUCUAUCGAGCAGACGAAUCUUCCGCUCGUUAAAAAAAAAAAAAAAACGAACUAGUCGGUUAUAUUCUUCAUCGACUAAAACCUACGAGCCGGUUACAUUGUGUUUUCCCAUUUACAAGUUCUAUUUCUGGAAUCAAAUACACGUAUAAUUGAUAUGAGAAGACAUGACAGAUUGGUUGAAUGAAAGUUUUCUCAAAAAGAUCAAUGUCGUCGGACGAACGUUUAAAUCUUUUUGCAAGUUUGCAGUAUCCGUUUGAUGAAUAACUUCGAAUUUAUAUUUCACAUUUACAGUAACAUUUAAAAUAAUUAUAAACUCAUGAAAAUUACUUUUACAUUCCGUUACAAUAAUUAAAAAGAAUUGGGAACUCUAUCUGACGAAGAACGUGGAGUGGGAUCACCGCGCAUUCUGCCUCAAGCGUGUUUCACGGGAUCUUGGUUUUCUCUUAAUCCACAUAAACCCAGCAGUGGUAUGCAACGUAUGUGGGAGUCGACCCGCAACGUCCAUGUAACGUCUGAGAGAAUAGCGAACGAUGCGCGGUGCACCAAUGAAAGGUCGAGGCAAUUAUUUUAGCUUAAUGCCACUAUAAUUUAUGAAACUUGUAGACUGGUUAAAUUCAUUGCGUUUGCGGACUCUCAAUUCCGAUAGAAGCCUAUAGCGGAGAGUGGGAUUUGAAUUAUUACGAAAUUUCGGUCGCGCAUGUGUUGAAAAUGCAUAUUAUAAGACAAACGCGGGCUACAGUACUAGAGAAAAUUUUGAAUAGUUUAAAUAAAAAUAUUUUUAUCUAAAAAAGAUGUAUCUCUAUAAAAAAAAUACUAUUUGAAGUAUAAGUAUUUUGUGUAGCAAAUAUAAAAAAAAAAUACAUUUACUCGAAAUAAGAUAUUUACAUUUUGAUAUCUGUCAUGUAUAAAAGUUUCUUCCAUUUUUAUCUAUUAUUUAUUUUCUACACAAACUGUGUUCGCUUUGGCGCUCAAAGCGCUCCUAGGCAUUAUUUGCUCUUGUUUAAUAUUGAAUAAACAAGAAGAAAAAUGAUGAAAUAAUAUUUUUUAUAGAUACAUUCUUUAAAUAAACGUUUCUACUACUAUUUUCUUUUUUAAUUAACUAUUUUCCUCAGCGCACUGGUCGCUUUCUUCGGUCUUACCUCAUUAUUAUUAGGCAUGACGACAGCUCUCGAAAGAAUAAUCCUUGAUAAUUGGCACAAUUAAUGUUAGCUCGAGCUUUUAGUUGGCAGUCUCUAUUUAAAAGUCCGAUCAACUUUUCUCACAGUUCUCCGUGCAAGGUCGCGCCGGCGUCUUCGUUGUGAAUUCAAAGCUGUCGUCGGUCUCAUUAAAACAACCGUCUCCCAAAGUGCUUUGUGCGAAAGAAGUUUAAGUACACGAUAGAAAUUGGAUCAGAAAAGUUCACAAUUAUGUAAAUUGAAUUAUUAUCAAUCCAACAGUUUUGUUUCGAUAAUUAUUAAAGUUAAUUGUUGCUCCGUAAACUAAAUCGGAAUUCAUCGAUCAAGCCAAUAUUCCAGAAGCGCGACACACGUAAUUAUCAUAUCUUCGGAUAAAACUGCGUCGCGAAACAAAUGUUACGAGCCGUCAGUGAGUUUGAUGAAGAGAGAGAAAAAAAACGUACACGCCUUUUUGCUACUGUCAUAUGAUUGAUUAAUUGCGCGAUGCAAAUAUUUGCUCGGCCGAAUGAUGUUUCAUUCGAUAACGUGGGAUUCCUCGCGCGGGAUAAAUGACUAAAAUCAUUAUCAUUUUUAUUUGAUGCUGCAAACGAUCGCAUGCCGAUCGCACGUGCGAUCAUUAUUGUCAGCGCAUAAGCGCAAGCGGAUUAAUAUGUUCGCGCGAUAUUUAAUCCUUCACGACACGUUGAAUUCACCGGCGAAUCAGUAGUAUCGAUUAUUCACGUUUGUCUGUCGAGAAUUAAUGCGUUUCUAAGGUGCGUUAAUGUCGCGUUCGAUGUAACCGUGAACGAUAAUGGAGGACCAAUGUAAAUUAGCACACUCUGGAUCUCACUCAAAACUGACUUGGGUAAUACAAUUGAUGGAAUUUGUGUUUAGAAAUUUUGCGGGUCAGAGGCGUCGAUAGAGCUCAGCCCGCAAAAUCUGGUUAAAGAAAAUUGAAUAGCGUUAGUAGAUUAAACUUUGCCGAGGGAAAUCCUCUUUCGAAAACGCAAACCGAAAGAGCGUUUGCGGCAAUAUUACUUCGAUAUGUUUAAGGGUAAAGUCACGUAUCCGCUUGCUUAUAGAAAGAGCGACCGUUUUGGAGAAACUUCCUUAAACAUCGAAAUCCCAUUACUUUGCUCCGUCUGAAAAACGUCGGAUAAUUUGGAGUAACGUGGUACUCGAGUCUAACCGAGUAGGCCUUUAGGAUUUGACGUAUCUCGAGAGGCACAAAAAAAAUUGAUAAAAUAUCGUUGUAAUACAUAUAAAAUAUACAAGAGGGACAGUCGUGAAUUAUUAACGGUGAAAUUACGCUGCAGCUGUUUUCUCACAUUUUUUUAGUUAAUAUGCAAACACUUUGAUUUACGCGGUGUAUUACAUCUGAAUCGUGUCCUAUAUAUAGAGUCGAUAAUAAAUAAUAACGUCGAUUCAUGCAAAAUUUGGAAUCGUUUCGUGCUAGAACGCGCAAGCUCGGACCACUGCGCUCUUUCUUUCUUUGUCGACCACGCAAGCUUAAAUGCACUUUUAACACUUGCCAGAUGUUAUAACCGAUGCGUACGCGUGCACGCCUGACAUCAUGUGACAAAUUAUUUCGUCUUCGCAUCGGUGCCGUAACUCGGCUCCUGGAUUAUUACCGGAUAAAUGCCUGUGUACGUUGUAGCUUCUCUCCGCGAGUGGCGAAAUCGCGGAUAACAAAACAAGCCGCGGAUCUGAAUGCAUAAAUAAUGUUUUACCAUGAAUCACGAGAGGCGGCUUAAUCGCAUUUCCAUAACUUACAAACGAUGACACGUACGAAUAUUAAGUAUCACCUCGCUUUAGACAUAUGUUUGUAAUUAAUCUAACCGUUUGCACGCGUUUGAUCGCGUUAGUCUGAUGACAAAGAAAAAAAAAAAGAAGAUUGCAUAGCACAUUGAUAAUUGAAAUUAGAAACGCGUGAAAAAAAUUAAUUAUCCGUCUUAUUUGAUGAGUAUAUUUAGCAAUUGCUAUUUAAAGAUCAUUAGUCUUCAAUCUGAGUUAUACGAUUAAUUAUAUCCGUGCAUGUGUGCUGCGGACGUUAAAAUAAAGUUGCGAUUGCUUGAUAUGGACACAGAAUCAAAUUGAUAAAAUUCAACUAAUAAUGCCGCGCUAUAAAACGUAUUAAGCGGAGAUUGCGUGACAUGACUUCGAAAUCGCUGCACACCAUGCGUGAAGUGACGCACUCGAAGGUGCGUAAUAUCGAAUAUAUAAUCGCAGAUCGUAUUUAUUCAUAAUCCUUACGACACGUAUAAAUAAUCCUUCAUUUUCUUUUUGAAAAAAUUUUUCAAGAUGUUAAUUAGAUCAAGUUAUUAAGUAAAUAAUUUAUUUUAAUUAAACUAAUCAGUAUGCUUUGUACACAACAUACGUAACGACAUUAAAAUACAUAUAUUACAUAUGUACGUAAAGAUAUUAAAAUUGAAGAACUCAAGGUAGCUUUAUCUUGACAAGUAUCUAGAAUUUAUUUUCGAUAUCACUGUUUAAUAUGCAAAUGCAUUUGCAAUUUAUUUUGUAUAAUGCGAUGCAAACGAGAUAAAUAAUAGGUGAGGUUUUUCUUGUGUGGGCGAAUGUGAGAUAUAGUAGAAUUAGUUGCGGCUACGCGAGAGACGUAAUUUGUAUUCUUACGCAAUACAACUCGUGACGUUAAUUAGCACGUCGUGUAACGUGCGCCUAUACAUUCGUUGUAACCGAAUAGCGUUACCCGGUAUAAAAGUACUUUGUUUCAUCGAUGUUACAAUGGCGCGCAAUUUGACGGGCCUCAGGAUCGUGUGAUGGAUUUAAACUUACCGCAAGUGAAUUCCUAUGUUUCCGGAAUCAAUAUUGGGGGUUUCUGUUAUUUUAAUAAUCGCAAGAAAAACGUGUUCCCCCCAUGAGCACACUUGAAGUCUUUCAAACGAGCCUCUCGCGUGCGAUUUUUCCACUGAACUGAACGAGAAAAGAAAUUUUUUCCAUUUCUUUGAACUUCUUGAAGCCCUCGCGACGAUGCCGCUCCUGCUACAAUAUUAUUUUGUAUGGUAAAAAUAUCGUUUCUACUUCAAAGGAAACGAGUAAUUGAAAUUCUUUGCAUCGAUUUUUAUUUUAAAGUACAGCAAUGAUUUUACAUCUGUUUCUAAAAUAACAAUUAGAGUCGUUUAUUAUUCAGGUAUAAAUCUUAUAGAUAACAUUGUUUUCAAUUUACAUAAUAAUUUUAAUAAUACAUAAUAAUUUAAAAUUAAUACAAUUUUAUAUUAAUACAUACAAUAUACGUAUGUGUUAAUAUUUAUUAUAAUACGUCAUUUUCUGAUUACUUUCGUAAAUUUUUUAUCUUGUAACCAUGCAUUUUUAUAUGUAUUUUUAUCUAAAUAGGUUCUUUUAAUUUCAUUAUGAUUUUGAUAAACCGUGACAGUUAAAACGAGCGCUCAGUAGUCCGGGAAUAUUCAUCGAUACAGGUGCGCGAUAUAUUUGGACUUGGCUUGAACGUGUAAAUACGAAAAUUACCGAUAAGUCACACUUGUCCCGGCAUGUUUACGAAAAAAAAAGAAUUAGUCGAGAAACAUCUUUGCGAAGAUUUCUUAUCAAUAAUUUAAAGGCGCAUGCCACUGUCCGACAUUGACAUAUGCAAAAUAUAUAAAAUUUAAAAGGAUCGCAUGAUCUUAAAGCUCCAAGAUUUGUAGGAUUUAGUGAGACUGAUCACUUUGAAAAAUCUUUUUCGACAUAAGACUAUAAAAGGUUUCUUUUAUUUUUAUUACAUUAGAAAGGAGAUACAAUUAGCAGGAGCUCAAAGUGAUGCAUAUUAUAAUCUUGUACUAUUAUUAGUACUGUUUUAAUCAUACUUGGCGUCUUAUUUAUUAAUACUAAUUCGGUUUUUGUGUUGGAAAGAAACGACCGAUCGUAAUUUUGCACGCUAUAUAAAAUAUUACGUCACGUCUCUAUUUCUGAAGUAGUUGCCUUUUUCUGCUUAUAUAAUUGUGACUCGAAGUCUUGACAAAAGUAGAUCGAAGCUAAUUUUUAAAUUCACAUGUAGUUAACGUAAGUUAAAUUUUUCCUUUACCUUCGAUUAUCGGUGCUCCAGUAUUUAAAUAUUUCGCUUUGUUAUUAGCAUUUUUAUUACCGAGUAAGGAGAACCAUUCGUCUGUUUCUGUUUCAUACUCAUACGCGUUUCUUUCUUUCGAACACCAAGAGAUGAAAUAUUAUGAGCCACACUUUCCGCAGGAUGCUCGAAAUACGUCUCGUAAUUUAAGGAUUAAGGAUCUAUUUGUCCGACAUGAUUACGCGUUAUCAAAAGGAAACUUGCCCAGUUUCGUUCUAACAUAUCCCGAAACUCUCCGAGCUCCGGCAGUAAAGUUUAUGAUUUACGCGUGCCCGUUUCGUAAAAGCCGCCUCUGAAUAGGCGUGUGUGUAAGACGUAGGAUUUUAUUCAACAGAAGAAGACGUUACUGCUAUAUAUUCUGAUGAUAUCCUGACGAUCGACGGGCAACGAGGGUGGAUAUACGCCGAAAAAUUUCUUCAAUAAUCUCUAAUCGUCUAGAUCUUAAUACGGUGAUUGAGGAAAAAACAGCUACUGUUUCGUGAUACGUUGUCGGAGGUAUCGCGCUAUCACCGACCUCGAGAACUACAUGAGGCUUAUCGGUGGACAGUAAUCGUAAAAGUCCGCACCGUGAACCGACGUCGACGUUGUUGUCGUCGUCGUCGUCGUCGUUGGGCCUCGAUCGCGAGCACCGUUAUCACAUUUUGCAAUCCGGGCCAACUUUGUCGCUUUUGAAACUCUAACGAGCUUCGUCGCGCGCGGAUAACGAGCUGUAUUAUGUAUUAGAUCAGCCGGUAGACUGUCGGCGUUUUUCUUUCUUCUCUCUUCUUGCCUCGUCCGGAAGAACGAGUUGCGCAAUUAUCGGAAAGUUAGCGCAGCUGACGAUGUGUGCUCGCGCGGGCGUCGCAAACUUCGUACACACAAUACAUUACAGCGGAAUUGAUUUUCAAAAACGUUUGACUGCGCCGAAUCUCGUUCCGCAUCUCGACCGCACAACAAUUGAGCAUCUCACAUCGAACGAGGUGACUUAUCGGGAUACCGCAGAAGCGGCUGGAAAACUAUCGUAGGCCGUCAAAUUUAUUGAAUGCCGAUUUAGUAGAAAUAGCCAGUUCUGGUCAAUGCAGGAAUAGCAAGAUAAAUCCGUUUUGAUAAAAAAAAACUAUUAUUUAAAAAUCGUCAAGAAUAAAUUGAAGUUUAUCGUUGUUGCCUAUUCAAUCACUAAUAGUGGCAGGGAUGAUUGAAUAUUUAUUUAGAAUUUAUUUUAAAUAAAACUUAUUUAAGAUAAAUCGACUUACUGAAAAUAAAAAAAAAUAUAUAUAAUAGAUUCCAGAAACAUUUAAAAUAAGAUUCGGAAUCUAUUUUAUAUUUUUUAUUUCAAGUAAGUCGAUUGAGUUUAUUAAGUUUGAUUUCAAAUAAGUUAAUCGACCGACCCCUGAAUAAUGGAUUGAAACAUCUCUUACAUCUCUUAAGUAAAACGUAACUAAUGACCAAAGUAAAAUUUUUUUCUGCAUGUAACAUGUUAAAAUACAUGUUAAAUGCAAGCAAAGUCUUAUGUAUGAGAAGUUUCCGGAAGUGUCCAAAUGCCAAUUCGUCCAUUUUAAUAAAACAGCAAUUUCAUCACACGAUCGAUUGCCAAUCAAACUGCACCAUCGUAUUCGCGCGCGAACGCACUUCGGCGAAAAAGUUUCUAUUCCCACUGGAAUUUUAGACGCCGGAAGCAUGUUUGGUAUUCCGCGAAUCCUUCCGGGUGAAUUACUGCGUCCGGGAAAAUCCAAAGAAAAGUCUACGGAAUAAUACAGCGAGAUAGAAAGCCAUAAUCCGUAAUCGCGGUCUCUCCGUGAGACGCUUUAUAUCUACUACGCUGCAGGAACGAAAGCUCAACACGCUAUUUUUGACUCUAUCUGUUAAAACCUAGUGAGAGAGACACAUUUCCCUUUUCCGAAGAAAAGAACAUUCGACUCUUCCCACAGAACAAACGUAUCGAUCGGUUAACGUUGUCGCUUCAACAUCUGGCGCGGCUGUCAAAAGUAUCUCGAUGAGAAUUACCGCAUCAUGAAAUUUUACGUUUAGCCACAGAGCCUGGUUGAAAACCCGAGAGACCGUUAGCUUUCGGUGCUGCACCUGACGAAUCGCUUCGGGUACGGGAGGGAGAUUUUCGCAGAGCGGAAGUUCACAAGCCGCCCCCUCCGGGUGAUGGUAGUGGUGGUGGUGAUGGUGAGUCCCCCGGUGUCAUGGUUCGGAAUCCCUCACGCCCGAGAACAAAUUUGAACCCGAACUCGAGCGAGAACGUCGGCGUUCGUACGUUUCCGCUGGCGACGACGGUGGUGUAGAGCGGUGUGGCGCGGGUCGACCGGACGCGCCUCCCUCGUCGCUCUUGCGCCGUAGCUCGGGGUCGCGGUGUAGGGCGAGGGUAGUUUUGCGCCCAUCUCCACUCUCUCCCUUUCUUCACCCCUGCCCGUCCGCCUCUGCCUGCUUGCCAGUCUGCCUGCCUGCCUGCCUGUGCGCCGCCAGCCGCCAGCCGCUGCCACCACCUUGUGCUCGGUUGUCGUCGUCGACGUCGCGCGUUGCCGCCACCAACGACGGAGGCGGCCGAAGUUAGCACGCGGCUCUUUGUACAAGUACGCGCUCCGACUAUGCUCGGGCUCCAUUCAUCGUCACACGGCGGCCAGCGCGGCGAACAGUCGCGUGCGUGCGUGCGAACGUGGUGCGUGCACGCGUGCGUGCGUGCGUGCAUGAGUGCGUGCGUACGUGCGUCGCAAAUCGGCUCGCGCGCGAUUCCUGCCUCUGUCUGACUCGAUCCGUCUGUCUUUAUCUCCUUUCCCUCCGUCCACCUCUGUGUGUGUGUGCUCGCACUCUCUUUCUCUUUCUCAAUCUCUCUCUCUCUCUCUCUCUCUCUCUCUCUCUCUCUCUCUCUCUCUCUCUCUCUCUCUCUCUCUUUCUCCCUCCCUAUCUUUCUCUGUCUCUCUCUCUCUUUCGCUCUCCUUCUUGUUCCUACGUCAGUCGAACGCAAAGUCAGUCGCGUUUCGUGCCGGCUGGUGUGCGCGUCGUAUCGCGCGCGGCUCGGCGCACCCGGGAGGCCACCAGCCACAACGCAACACGGACACACGAGUGAGUCCGCGUUUAAACGCCUGCGACGCGGACAGACGGCGGUUAUCCUGGUCGAAGGUUGUUGGUGACGACGCGAGUGCAUCGUCCGGAAACGACACACACACAUAUACACAUAACGGGCCGCGCUCGUCGCGCGAUGCGCGCGUCUGAUCGCGUCGCGACGCAUCAUCGUCGAUGCCUCCUCGAUCGGCACAGUGUGACAACAUGCGAUCGUAGCUGUCGUGGACGCGUGUGGCGCGUUUCGCCGAAAUUUCAACUCACCGGGACGGCCGACCUUCGCGUCUCCACCUCUUCCUCCUCCUCCUCCUUCGCUAUCCUCCGCGAGCGUUCGCUCGCCGUGCUGAUAAGCGGUGGACAGUGGCGAAACGAGGAUUCCUCGGAAGCCGUUAUCGAGGACAUCGACUGCUCACGGCUCUACGACUCCGAGUACGUCGUGAGGCAAGCGCGUCACUCGCGUGUGCUAUUUACGCGCGCCUACAAGUCCCAAAGAGUGAGAUCGCGCCGCAAAACCAUUCGGUGAACGAUCCGCUGUUUCAUGACCCACCACUGGAGUUAACCGGCCGCCAAUUGCUGACCGAGCACACCGAUUCAUCCCUCGGGAUCUGCCUCCGCAGAUCGAUAUCUUCCGGUAAAUUUCCAGCUAUCUCACUUGAGGAUACUCUACCGUCUGUCAGAAGAAAUGCAAACGUUGUUUAAAUAAAAGACAAAUAGAAGUCGUACAGUGAUAUUUAAUUAACGAUACCUGAAUUGAUACAAAGCGUCCGCAAGAAUCCGUCGUUAUUCCACAAGAACCUUAUUAGGUCGUUUGAUUUUGGAAUAUCUUGCGUCACAAUGAAAGAUAAAAUUCCACAUUGUUCAGCCACCGCGUUGAAUCGAGAGAAACCGCGAUGGUUAUUGUGCGGAUAGCAUUGCUCAUACAAAUGUGACAGAAAUCGUUGCGACGUAUCGCGAUAUCGCACAAAGUGCGACGGCGAGUUUCCACAAUUUUUUGUUGUACAGCGGCACAUAAAGUUUCGGUAGCGCGCUUUCGUGUUUCGUCAUUUGAAUUUCAAAUAUUCCACCGGCGUUGAGAUACGGUCAUGCCACAGUAGCGAGUUUUCUUCUCGCAACGGUAUUUCCCUUCAUCUUGGCUUUUCCCUUCUUGAUUACAUUGACUCUUUCAGAUUGGAUGUCGAGUUUAAUGCUUUCCAUCUCGUAUAUCAUAUUUUUUUUUCGAAACGGCUUAGAUCCAAAUCGACAAUUCCAAAGCGACGCGUUUUUCGAAAUUUCCACGUCUCUCGGACUCGCUCUUCGUUCGUUAAAACACGCAGCGUGUUAUUUUUGCACAAACGACAGAUUAAUAGGUGCGUGUCGGGUCGCGUUGCGUUGCAGAGCGUAUUAAUAAAGCUCUCUCGUCGCGCCCCACGCGCGAAAUUAGCCGCGCGAUAAUCAUUACAUACGCCAGCACUACGCAAUUCACGACGACCGAAGCUAUCGCGUGCGCGAACCGAGCUCUCCAAAAUGAUUCUCUUUGAGAAUCUAAUGAGUGACCCCGCGGGCGCUUUGUCGCGUUGACGCGCGAGAGCGCAGCUCAUCUGCGCUGUGUGGUGCAUUGCUUACCGCAACGCGUUUCACCGUUGUUCAAUGGGCGCGCGAGCGAGUUUUCGAGCUUUGAAAGGCACCGCGUUUACGGGCGUAACAAAAGGCUCCUCGCGUCACCGACUGUGAUUUCAUUCAACAGCUCGCCAUAAUUGCUCGAAAUGUCUGAUAAAAGCAACACGGCAUCGAUCGGCAUAUCGAUGACGGGCGUGCGGUGGCAAAGCGCCACCACACGCCCGGAAAGAAUUGCCUCUCUCUCUCUCUCUCUCAAACACUUGUCAUUCAUUCGUAAUCGUGGAACAGGCACGUUCCGUCUGGUUCGUACGACGAACUAUACGAUCGUAUAUUAGCGAAGUCGAGUUGUUAACAGGAAUGAAAGAUGACAUAUUUACGAUCCUUGUGUGCAUAGGCCUUCGUGCCUGCAUUCUUGGUCAACGAAGUCCUUCAAUCCGCACGUGUAAUUGGAUUACGUAACGUUUCCCAAGGUUGACUUUGACGUUUUAUCACUAACGAAAAGAAAAAAUAGUUAACGAAGAAAAUCUAUCUUAGUGAUAUAUAUCAAUGAAUGAGGCUAAUAGUUAGAUCUUUGACACCGCUUGACGGCUUCGUUAAGAAAUCAUUUAACUCGGCUGCGAUUAUCGUUGAGCCUUUGAAAGUGUGACGAAAGUUGUCAAUUCGCAGUCGCGAGAACGUCCCUUCCACACCAACGUCCCCUC